AUGGUUUACGUGUACUGUUCUUGCCGUGGUUUGGUGUAUGCAGGUGUUAACGGGAAGCAGAAGAUACAGAUGUAUGUAUGGAACCCAUCAACUGGACUCUCCCAGAAACUACCUGAUCCUGGUGUUACAGAUGAGUAUCAGAUCUUUACUGGUUUCGGCUACGUCUCGGCCACCCACGACUACAAGAUUCUCAUCGCCAACUCUAGACUUGAGGAGGGAGAGCAUGCCAAGAUCCGCAUCUUCUCAUCGCAAUCCAAAUCUUGGAGAAGGAUUCAAGAUUCUCCAUAUUCAGACUUGUCUAUGACAGUUGCGGGGAUUCUUUGUCACGAGGCACUUCAUUGGCUGAGGUUCAAUGAUGAUGUUAUAGUUGCUUUUGAUUUAGCAAAUGAGAAGUUCCGGACAAUAGCGCUGCCUGUUGUUGGGGAGGAGUAUGGGUGUGACUAUUUCAGACAUGUAGGGGACUUCAGAGGUUGUCUGUGUGUGAUUGGUCUGGCGAAUGUUACUACUAUGGAUUUGUGGGUGAUGAAGGAAUAUGAUAAGGGUAACUCCUGGACUAAGCUUUUUAAAGUAAGGGUUACCGAUCAGCCUGAUGAGCAGAUAAGUUUUGUCCAGCCAAUCUUGGUUAGUGAAACUUGUAUAUUUCUGGAGAUACAUACUGAAUCAGGAAGCGGGGCGAAGCUGGUCAGGAGUUAUCAUAAGGAAGAGAAGACUAAAGAGGUUCAUAUGGAUAGAUAUAGCCGUGAAAUAAUUGGGUAUGAAGAGAGUCUAGUUUGGCUUGAUUAA